AUGUGGUUUUUCAGGAGAAGGCUUCCUAAAAUGCCCAGAGCCCUCAUUUGGCUCAUUGUUUUAACACACUUUUGCAUCUUGUUUGGCUUGUUGAAGACAAGGAUUUUCAGGCAAUUGAACAUUUUCCAACAUGCCCCAAAUAUGCUACAAGUGGACACCCAAGAGCAACAGGGUUUAAACUAUUCUGAUAAUGCAAACCCAAGGAGCUUUUUAAAGGUGACUUUGGGGAGAGACAUCACAAGGCUAGAACAAGAUAUGGUUGAGAGGACACCAAGCUGGGAAGGAAAGGAGGAGCAGAAGAAAAUGACGAAACCAAUUGCCAGGGUGGAGGAAGCCAAGGAGAACAUGACUGUGAAACCACGCCCUGGGUUGGAGGGAAUCAAGAAGACAGCAGUGAAAACAGCUCCUAGGGGGCAGGGAAACAAGGAGAAAAAACCACUGAGACCAGCCCCAGGGGUGGAAGAAGCCAAGGAAAAGACAAUAGUGAAACCACUUCCCAGGAUGAAGGGAGCCAAGGAGAAGGCAACAGUGAAACCAUCCUCUGGUGUGAAGGGAGCACAUGAAAACAACAUAUCCAAAGACCAAACAAAGCCAAUGAAAACUGUAAGACCUGUUUCUCAGGCUACUGCAGUGACAGAAAAGAAGAAACUGAGGGCUGCUGACUUCAGGUCUGAGCCACAGUGGGAUUUCGAGGACAAGUACCUGCUGGACAGCUCACCUCCACCAUCGACCUGCCCUGAAUCAGUGAAGGCCAAAGCUGCCAAGUCUGACUGGCUGCGAGAUCUUUUCCUGCCCAACAUCAUGCUCUUCACAGACAAGAGAUACUUCAAUGACAGUGAGUGGGACCGCCUGGAGCAUUUUGCACCUCCGUAUGGCUUCAUGGAGCUGAAUCAUUCACUGGUGGAGGAGGUCAUGUCCCUGCUGCCCCCAAAUCCCCACCAGCAGCUGCUCCUGGCCAACAGCAACAGCAGUGUGCCAACAUGCAUCAGCUGUGCUGUUGUGGGGAAUGGAGGAAUAUUGAAUAACUCUGGGAUGGGCCAGGAGAUUGACUCCCAUGACUACGUCUUCCGGGUGAGUGGUGCUGUAAUCAAAGGUUAUGAAAAAGAUGUGGGAACAAAAACCUCCUUUUAUGGAUUCACAGCCUACUCCCUGGUGUCCUCUCUCAACAUCUUGGGACACAGAGGGUUCAGGAACAUCCCAUGGGGAAAACAUGUCAGAUACAUUCACUUCCUGGAGGGAGCUAGAGACUACGAGUGGCUGAAGGCUCUUCUGCUGAACAAGAACAUCAGGAAAGGAUUCUUGAACCACUACGGGCAGAGGCCCCGGGAGAGAUUCAGUGGAGAUUUCACAAUGGACAAAUACCUGGUGGUUCACCCUGAUUUCCUCAGAUACAUGAAAAACAGGUUUUUAAAAUCUAAAAGUCUGGAAAAGCCCUACUGGCGGCUGUACAGACCUACAACGGGGGCCUUCCUGCUGCUGACGGCCCUCCAUCUCUGUGACCGGGUGAGUGCCUAUGGCUACAUCACGGAGGGUCAUGAGAAGUAUUCAGAUCACUACUAUGACAAGGACUGGAAACGUCUGAUUUUCUACGCUAACCACGACUUCAACCUGGAGAAGCAGAUGUGGAAAAAGCUUCAUAAUGAGAAUAUCAUGAAGCUUUACCAGCGAUCCUGA